GUAGUGAAAGUUGAGUGAAAAUGUAGUGCGGCGACGGCCUGAUGAACGAGCCUCCCAUAACCUUAGCCAGUGGGGUACCUCUUCGGCCGACUCGGUAAGGAGUGGCUCUCCCGUCACGCUGGUCGCGGGUUCAAUCCCAGGCAGCCGGGGAAUACCCUCUCCUUGUUGUGAUUAAUUUCUCGUGUUUCGAUACACAUAGAGGACGUGUGGGACCGAGAGAGUAAUAGAAAAAAGAGAAUAGAAAAUCUCGUCAUAAAAAAACUGUAAUAGUGGAAAAUAGCUAAAGCACAUAGAAAAGUAAAUCAGGGAAAGAAAAAGACAGAAAAAAACACAAGGUCAGGAUGAAGUGUUUAAGAAAGUGAUGUAAUACUGAAAAGGAAAGUGUGAAUAAGUGAAUAAGAAGAGGAACGAGAGGAGGACCUAAGAAGCGAUACAAAGCGUUACAAGUCAAAAGAAGAAGAAGAAGGGUGAGCCGAAGUCAAGGUGGCCGAAACUGUUUGUUGUUGGAGGGACCCACGUGAGGGCGGCGGCCACGUGUGCUGAAGUGUUAGGGCGAGGCGGAGACCCAGACCAGACACCUAAAACACUGAAGAGGAAGAGAGAGAACAGCACCGCGAAAAAUGGAACCCCAGCGCCCCGUCACACCCCCCAUCAUCACUCAGCCCUAAUUUCCUCACCGGCGGCCGAAACUUUACUACAACCAGAAUUCAGGAUUGCAUGGUUCUUCAGUGUGUGGAGUUCCGCAUGGAAGGGUGUCCAGACUGUGACCUGAGUCUGCCACAGUUUCGCCAACGCUAUUCUGCCAAUCCAAGACAACUUUUUGAUUUGUGCAUUAGACAUAAACUUGUAUUGAAAGAAAAAGCAUGUGAGCGUUGUGGCAAGCUUGCAUCAUUGUAUUUUAGCAGGUUUCUUUGGCGUUGUCAUAAGCUACAUGCUGUUAAGAAAAAGAAAAAGAAAAUAUGCAACUGGUCCCAAAGUGUGUUCAAGAAUACAUUCUUGGCACAUAAUCAUUCAAAUUUAGUGACCUUUCUCACUUUCAUAAAUGAUUAUCUGCGUGAAAGUUAUUCGCACAUAUUUGUGAGGAGGGACCUACAUCUUUCCUCCCCUACUAUUUGUGAAUGGGCUGGGUUCUGUAGGGAAGUACUAUUGGAGUGGUGCAUUAAGCAAGAGGGAAAGAUUGGUGGAGAAGGCAUCACUGUUGAAAUCAUUGAGAGUAAAGUUGAAAAAAUAAGGUAUGGUGUAGGUCAAAUUGUUGAGGGACAGUCAGUGUAUUGUGGAUUAUGCAGAGAGAUAGGCUCUUGUUUCAUGGUGUGUGUCAAGAACCAAAAUAGUGAGACACUUCAAAAAAUCAUUGAGGAGUGGGUCAAGCCAGGAACAACGAUAGUUUCAGAUUGCUGGAAAAUUUAUGACUGCCUCUCAGAGGAGGGUUAUCAACAACUUGCUGCUAAUCACUCCAUUAGUUUUGCUGCAGCCACUUCGGCCUCCAGAAGCAAUGUAAACCAGACAGGGCAAGAGGCCAAGAGCAGGGUACCACUCCAUGGAAAGAAAAUACACUUGGCAGGAUAUUUAGCUCGUUCUCUAUUUAUGCUGGUGCACAAGAACCCCAACAAGAGAUUCCAUAAAUUCCUUGAAGAAGUUGGAGUCAUUUACAACCCAUAUCAAGCUCUGAAGUGUUAACACACACAACUCCUACAUUGCAAGUUUAUGGCUUGGCUUGACACCUCAUUUGCUUCUCCAAAUCCUUCUCAUCAAUUAUCAAAGCAUCCAGAAAGAGGGCACUAGUGAAAAACAAGAUGGUUCGGUUUGCCCGAGCAGAGGGAUCCAAGGGGUCCAACAAAAGGCAGCUGGAAGAGCCAACACCCUGGGUAGAGAUGGUGGAACAAAUCGAGAGCAACAAGAAGAAAAAGAAAAUUAAGAAGGAGAAGGGGAGUAGGAGAAAAGAUGAUGAUACUUUAGGACAAACUAUGAAGAAUUAUUCAAAAGAGAUUGAUGAUGGUGAUCAGGAUAUCAAGCCACAAAAUACUUUGCAACAUGUAAUGAAACAGGAAUCUGAAGCAAACAAAAAAGAAAAGAAUGAACCAGUCCAGCCAACACAAGACCUGGUUAAAAAUAAAGAAAAGAAGAAGAAAGGCUUAAAGACCAAGGAGCCCGAGUACACCAUCUCUGAGGGUAAGAAGGUCAAGGUGUUUCGGGAUGGGACUCAAAGAACCUGGUUUGACCUUCCCUACGAGGAGAAUGACCUCAUGACCCGUUACGAGGGCAUGUGGGUCAAACAGGAGAUGGUGGGCGAGCUGACCCGUCUCAAGGCCGCCUUAGAGGAAGAAGGGCUUGACAAGAAAGAGAUGAUGAGGAAAAUGAUGAAAGCCAAGCGUAAGGCCCACCGCCAAUUGAGGAUAGAGUUGAUUUAUCAGCAGAAAAAACUUGUCAGUGAAGCAACGGGUGAAGAAGUAAAGGAUGGCACCGUAAGUAAAGAAAAAAAUAAAUGUGAUGGCCUUACUUCCUCAAAGAAAAAGAAGAAACAAAAAACAACUAUGAUGGAAAAGGAUUCACCAUUCUCUCAGAGCAAAAUAGGGGAUAUUGAGAAUGAUGAAAGUGAAAGCAACCAAGAGGAUGUAAUUUUGGAUGAGUUGUUAAACACUGAAGAACAAAUGAUUAAUUGUAGUGAAAGUGAAGGAAAGGGUGACAUGAAGAGAUUAAGUACAAACCAAGCUGAUGUCAGAGUAAAGAAACAGAAAAUUAAGAACACUGUUGAUAAAGUGAAAGAAAACAAGAGUCCAAAAAAUGAGAAACUAGAAAAAACUACAACACCACUUGGGAUUGAUGCAGAAGAAUACAGUAAAGGGGAAGGUAACAUGGAGGUGCCUGUGACUCAACAGGAUGAUAGUAUAACAAAAAAUAAAAAGAAAAUCAAAGAAAAGAAGUUAAAAGCAGAAGAGGCAGCAUCACAGACUGAUGAAGAAGACAGUACCAAGGCAGAUGAGAUGACAGCAGAGAUUGAUGGGAAAGUGAAGAGGAAAAAUAUAGAUUGUGAUUUAGAAAAAAAUGUUGUAUCAUCUAAAAUGGAGAAAAAAGGUAACCGUCAAGGUAGUGAGGAUGAAGAAUGUUAUUCAUUUCCAAAGAAAAAUCAGGUUCAGAGCUAUGAUUUGAGCAAUACCACUGAAUAUCUCAACUCUCAUUGUGACUUUGAGGAGAAUGAGCUAAUGACUAAUUAUGAUGGAUAUUGGGUGCUGCAUGAGGAUGUGGAAAGUCUGGAGGCUGCCAAGAAGUCAGAGCUAGAGGCAUUAUAUUCUGCCAGGACAGAUGGAACUGCCAGUUGUAAAGGGGAGCUGACCCAAGAGGAACAGCUUGCCCUGCAGCGUGCCAUGAAGAAGAGGAAGAGAUUCCAUCACAGAAAGUUGCUUGGGAAGCUCUCGAGGAUGGGGAAAAAAGUUGGUGAUGAAGGAAAGAAGAAAGGGAAUGACAAAGAAGUAAUAAAGAAGAAUGUCAGUGAUAAGGUGGUCAAGUUUGAUGGUUUCUGGGUGAAGAAGGAGGCUGCAGAUCGACUACAUAAGCUUAGAAAGAAACUGUACAAUGAGGGGCUGAGCCAGCAGGAGGUGGAUUCCUUGGUACAAAAGGAGCGGCGGAAGGAGGAGCGAGUCCUCAAGAAUGAGAGGAAAUUGGUGUGCCUCAACUGUCGGCAACCUGGCCACAUGGUGUCGGCCUGCCCCAGCAUUGUGCAGGCUGAGGGGGAGGGCCAGCCCUCCAUCUGCUACACAUGUGGGUCAACUGAGCAUACUUCCUCCACUUGCAAUCUAAAAAAAGGUUCAGAAAAGAGCUUCUCCUUCGCUACCUGUUACAUCUGUAAGGAAUCUGGUCACAUCUCCCGUCAGUGCCCUGACAACCCUCGUGGUCUGUACCCCAAGGGUGGUGCAUGCCGGGGCUGUGGCUCAGUUGAGCACUUAGCCAAGGACUGCCCAGACUUACAGAGAGAGAAAGAGGAGAGCAGCAUAAAAGUGGGAAGACUGAAGGGAGAGGAACUGGAAGCAUUAGAUGCAGAGGAGGAGCCAAUGAGUGACGAGGAUGAGGCUUCAUCACACAUCAAGCAGAACAUCCCCAAGGUGGUGAAAUUUUGAUAAAAAAUAAAAAAAACUUUUUUUCUCAACUUGUCAUGUAACUUCAUGUGUCUGUGUCCAUAUGAGCAAGUUUCUGUAUGCCUGUAUGUGUACAUGCAUGGGUGAGUGUGAGUGUCUUUUCAUCCACAUGUGCAGGGACUUUCAUGCAUACCUUCUUGAAUGUGUGUGUUAUUGUAGGUGUGUGUGUGUGUGUGUGUAUGUGUGGGUGUCACAUGGUUUUAAGUAGAAGAAAAAACAGUUAGUUAUAGAUAUCAUAGUUCCCUUUAAUACAUUCAAUUUGCAUUAAAGGGAACUAUUAUAGCAAUAUUUUUUUUUUCUACUUAAAACCGUGUGUGGAGGAAGACAUGAGAGGGAUGAACAUAAAAAAUUAGAGGGUAUUUGAUCAUCAAGAGUGGGAGAGACUCGUAGCCCAUCCAACCCCAUAAGGAAAAUUAAGGACGUUACAUGAAAAUAAGAAGAGAAGCAGAAUACAUUGUCAUUCAAGUUCAUUAUGUAUGCUAACAUUUUCUGUGCAGUCAUAGUUAUUAAGUAGGCUGCAGCUGAGACAUGAGGCAUCCUGAAUAAUGUAAAAGUGUUUUCCAAGUAAAUGUGAAUGAAAUAUAUAAAACAUUUUUCUUCUCA